GUACUUCUGCUAUGUGCUGGGGGGCUCCCAGCUGCCCUGAUGCUCCUUCUCCUCCUAUAGACACUCUCCAACCAUAUAAGAAAAUUCAGUGGAUCAGGAAUAAGCUCCUUAGCUGGGUUUGUUUAGCCUCUGCUACUAAGAGUUCACCAGCUCUGUGUGGUGCUUUUAGCUCUGACUGACCAUUUUGGAUUUCAGCUCAAGGCCAUUAGCCUCUUUAAACUCCAUGCAAACCCUUUAGAAAUUAUGUGCACAAGCCACUAACCGCUGUGAGGCAGGAAUUAGAGUGGGAGGAUCACCUGCCCUUUUGGAAGACGACAGCCUCCGUGAAGCAAGAACUAUAUUGUGGGGGAAGGUGAGAGAGAAAGAGUCCAGCACUAGUUCUCUUAUUGCUAUGCAUUCCAGAGCUUACUUCUUGUUGGAAAGAGAAUAUCUGGAGUAUAAAGAAGCCAACAUUUUUGGCAUCUUUGUCAUUCCUACAAAGGAUAAUUUGCUGGAAUGGCUAGCUGAAGUCCAGGGACUCAAGGAUUCUCUUUGGGAAGGGGCUGUUCUCCAGCUGUCAAUAAAGUACACUGAAGAGUACAAUAGUGUCCCUCCAACUCUGAUAUUUAACACCAUUCCAUUCCAUCCCAAUGUGGAUCAACAUUCCGGGAGACCUUGUAUAGAUUUUCUAGACAAUCCUAAAGAGUGGAAUGGAAAGUUAACGAUGAGUAGCAUUUUACUCGCUAUCCAGGUAAUGCUUUCUAAUCCAGAACUGGAAAAUGCAGUGAAUGUGGAAGCAGCAGAAAUGCUGAAAAACAACAUAUCCUUGUACAGACAAAUGGUUAUACAAUGUGUUAGAACUAGCCAACACCUAGAAGACCUUUCUAGCACUGGGAAAGAUGGUGCUUCUUCUCUGAAGUAUUACUUGCCAUCUGAAGCAUCUUCUCGGGGCCAUGUCAGAAGGAUUACAACCAUUUCGUUUGAAGAUUAUCACAGGAUGUGGUCAGGAAUAGCCACAUCAAAAGCAGCAGAACAUUUUAAAGCCCCAUUCUUUGAAGAUCCAACAUUUAUAGGGAACUGCUGUGGCUGGAAGGCAAAAAAUGUGAAAGAAACAGGAGAAUGGGAUGAGAAUACAUACAAUGCUAUUGUCUCUCAACUCAUCAGAAAGCAAAGGCAACAAACAAUAGAUGAGAAACUGUUAGAAAUUAGGAAAAUGGAACAAGAUAACAACCUGCUUCACCAAACUCCAGUACCAAAAAGUCAAGCAGCAGGUGAAAAGAGACCCCUCAGCAAAGAGGAAGAGCCGUGGGAGAGUGAAGUGGACAAUCUAGUAGCCUGGACUAACACUCUUCGAACCAAAGGAUUAGAGGAUUAAACUGUGAGAUCACACAUACAGACACAGAAAUACUUUUUUCUUACCAUUUAUCAAAAGACUUCUGUACCGUUCCUAUGGGGUGAAUCCUCAGUUCUCACUCACUCCUUAUUCAGGCAAAUUCCUAUCAGCUUCAACGAGAAGGAGUAAAAACUGAGCAGGAAUCUCAGUUUCACCUGUGUAAACUAGAUUAUUUGCUGAUACCUGUGCCACCACAUUGUCUGCAGUGGAUUUGCUGUGGAGUUACCAGUUGGAUCUUAUUACAUCUCUCUAUUGGUGCUGCACAAGAUAGAAUAGACACUGCAGUGCACUCUCUUAGUUGUGUUCACUCUAGAGGAGUAAAAAAUGGGUUGAUCAUUACAGACAGAAGAUCUGCUCUCUCUGUAUGUUUGGAAUCAGAUCUGUUAAGAAGAGACCAUUUCUCCAUAAUCAUUUUUAUGGUCAAACCACACUUUAAGGUUCUGUCUUUAAGCACUCAGAAACCAGAAAAUGGCAAACCUAAUGUUGCUUUUGUAACCUUAACUCUGACCUUUCAUGUUUAUGGGAUAUGCUGCAGCCUUUAAUAUACGUGAUCCCUGAACCAAUGUUAGCGGAGAAAGGAGUGGAUGUUGUACAGCUUCUGAGAAAGAACUUAAUGUGUCUCUUAACACUAACUUUCUGGCUUAUCAAAAGUGGCCUUAUCUAGGUUAUAAAGGUAGCUCAGUUUACGCCUACUGGUCUGAUGGCUAACAGUCUGGUAAAUCACAGGUAUGUGAAAAAAGAAGGGAAGGAUUCAUAAAGGAAGAAAUAAGGCCUAUGGCCUUAAUCCAUGCUACCUAGAUGUCAAGACCCAGUCAGGUUCUCUUAUUUAGGUCAGCAGGGGAUUUGCUGACUUAGGGACUACAGAUUCAGGCCGAUAAAACCGUCUAGUUUUUGGUGGCGCUUACAAAAGUUGUAGAUUGUAAGCUGCUUGAGCCGAGGACUGUCCUUUUGCUCUGUGUCUGUAUGGUACUGUGCCUAGUACUAGCCCUGACUGGGGCUUCUAGGGGCUACUAUUAUUUAACUAAUAAUAGUGGUGCACUGUGUGUCAUAGGGGAACCUAAAGCCAGAGAAGACUGGUAAGGAGCACAAAUGAUAGUUUGGGGUGGAAUCCAUUAGAAAUGUCAAUUAUUUGGUAAACUGAAAAAUAUUGACAAUCUAGUACAUCUUCUCCUCUGUAC